UUCCCGGGAAACUAACUUAAUCGGCACGCGUCUCGGUAUUUUCCCUAACGUCGCUAGUUCGUACACCCAGUUAACUGAAGACUUGCUGACUUCCUAAUAAUGACGAAAAUAUCACUAAACUAUGAUGCCAUUAAUGAGGACAACGUCUUCUCGAGUGGCGAUUUUAUCACAGGACGAAUAAUUCUGGAACUGUCGAAAGAAAUAAAGAUAAAUUCCCUCUCAAUUAAAGCGAAAGGGGAAGCCGACGUUCGCUGGACAGAGGGCACUGGCGAAGACGAAUCUACUUACUCUGCACACGAACGAUACUUCAAACUGAAACAUUUCUUCAUACAUAAUGACAAGGGGAAAGGAAAAGACGGCGAAUUGCUGUUGACAGGGCAAAGUGGAGAGACAUAUCCAAAUGUUGUUGCUCCUGGAACCCAUGUGUACCCAUUCACCAUUCAGAUCCCUCAUCGGGACAUGCCAUCAUCCUUUAAGGGAGCUCACGGCAAAGUUCUCUACUCACUGGAGGCGAAAUUGAGCAGGUCGAUGCGGUUAGGGAAGACCGCAAACACCAAUUUCACUUUUCUCUCAAAGACAGAUAAAAUAAUCCCUCCUUUGAUGGAACCUUGUUCUGGAUAUGUAGAGAAAAAGAUGAAAUUGUUCACAUCUGGAAGAGUCUCCCUGAGGGUUAACAUCGACAAGGCAGUGUACACACAAGGUGAAAUGUUACAAAUCGUGGCAGAAAUUGAGAACAACUCUUCGCGUGUGGUGAAACCCAAGUUCGCCCUGCACCAAAAGCUGAUCUUCAAAGCAAAUAAAAAUACAAAUGAAGCAUCAAAAAGAAUUUUCAAAGUGGUCGGAGAGAACGUUCCUUCAUCCACACGACAGAGCGUAAUCAAAACCCUGCGUAUCCCAGCAAACCUGAUGCCCACACUGUUUCACUGCGGCAUCAUCCAAGUCCAAUACACACUGCAGGUCUACCUGGAUGUCCCCUUUGCGAGAGACCCAACAGUGAUUAUUCUUUUGACAAUUCUCCCCAAGACUAUUGGAUUUGAGCAGGUGACACGGCCAAGCAUGAAGAUGGGGUUUGAAUCUCAUGGGAACAAUGGCCAAGCUGGAUGGAAUAGCUAUCCACCUGCAACUGCCCUUGGAGGAUAUCCACCCCAAACUGUUCCUGCAGGAUAUCCACCCCAAAAUGCCUCUAGAGGAUAUGCACCCCAGUCUGCCUCUGGAGGAUAUCCACCCCAAUCUGCCUCUGGAGGAUAUCCACCCCAAUCUGCCUCUGGAAGAUAUCCACCCCAGUCUGCCUCUGGAGGAUAUCCACCCCAAUCUGCCUCUGGAGGAUAUCCACCCCAAUCUGCCUCUGGAGGAUAUCCACCCCAAUCUGCCUCUGGAGGAUAUCCACCCCAAUCUGCCUCUGGAGGAUAUCCAUGCCAAACUGCCUUUGGAGGGCAUCCACCCCAAUAUGCCCCUUGAGCGUAUCUAGUAUACACUGCCACUGGUGCACCUCUGACCCAAGACUGUAUCCAUCUCUCUUGCUUAUUUAAUACUUGCAGAUGCCUCAACAUUAAUGGGACUUUUUUCUCUCAAAUUUCAUUGCACAUAGGCAUAUGAAUUAAAGCCUACCUACCUUCUGUUUGUUCUAUGAACUUGAUAUGCACUAUUUUGUAUGUCGCUUUGGAUAAAGGUGUCUGCUGCUUUUUCAAGGAAUUGAGCUGCGUAUUUCUACAUAUAAACUAUGAAUUUGUUUUACUGCGCUCUAGAAGAUGUAAAUCAAACAUUUACAAUUAUUUUAAACCAUGUUUUAUACUUUCAUUUACCACAGGCACCAGGCCAUGGCCUCUUGUAACUUGCAUGGGGCAACUUUCGUUCCAUUAUGCUGCAAUACCUAAAGCUACCACUAGAGGUAGAUAGCCUUCCAUCUCAAACCACAGUGGGCUCCGGAAUUAUUGGCGCUCUUGAUAAAUAUGCACAAAAUUAAACUAAAAAAAUCAUUGUUAUUGGCAUAAGAUUUUUUGCAACAUGUUUGAAGGAGCGUGCUUUAUUAAUGAUUCAAUUGAAUCAACCAAAGUUUUUAAUUCUUUAGAUAAAAAUAUAUAUUUUUGACCAUUCCUCCUUGGGUUUGCGCGUUUGGACCCCCCUCUUCAGAGCACAGGUUUUUGAUGGAACUUAAGUCUGGAGACUGAGAUGGCCAUUGCAGAACAAUGAUGUUUUAAUUUUCUAUGUGGAUUUUUAUGUAUGUUAGGAGUCGUUGACUGGCAGGACAAUCUACCUACAACCAAGUCUCAGCUUCCUAGCAGAAACGACCUGAUUUUCUGCCAAAAUGUCCUGGAACGUUGUUGAAUUUAUUUUGCCAUUGAUCUUUAACAGUGCCUCUGGACCACUGGCAGCAAAACAUCUCCAAAACAUCAACGAGCUACCUCCAUAUUUGACAAUAGGCAUUACGUGCUUCUCCUUGUAUGCAUUCCUCUUUUUUCGCCAAACACGUUGAUGGUUUUUAUAGCCAAAACGUUUCAUUUUUGUCGCAUCUAAACCAUAGAACACUAAUCCAGUCAUGAUUCCAAUGAAGUCAGGCAAACUCCAGAUGCUUGGUUUUGUUUAUUUCACUCAGUAAGGGCUGUCUUCAUCCCACCCUUCCAAAGAGUUUUCUGGUAUGGAGGUGCCAUUUUAUGGUUCUUUUUGUGACUUGGUGAUCUUCUUGGUGAGACUUGUUAAACUGUGAUCCCUGGAUUCUUUAUGGUCUCCCACAUCAUCUUCCUCUCCAUCUGUGGGGACAAUGUGCACUUGCAUCCUCUUCCUGGAAAGUUUGCAAGAAGUCCAUAUGUUUUACUUUUUAUUAUUAUUAUUGCAUGAAAAGGUUUUGCAUAAGCACUAAACAGUAUACGUUAGAUUAAUUUGUCUCAAACAUUAUGGGGGGCUAUGGAUACAAUAUGUGUUAAUUUCUACAAGAUUAAACCAAAGUGGAUGAAAAAUUACCUGUAAUAAAAGCUAAGAAUGUGAACUUUAA